ACAGACUCUCGACUCGGCAAUGCUCGGUCUUUCAACAGGUUUGACAUAAUUCUUUCAAUAACUCAUUUCGUCGGUUUCAUCACAAUCUGUCUCAAUGGAUAUUUCCUGAACACAUUCAAAAAUGGUCUUGCGUGGCCUUCAAAAGUCAAAAACGGAGAUAAUAAGGCACUGGGGAAACGUGGCGAUCAACUGCACGCGUUUCUGAUGAUUUUAGCAUUUAUUUAUUUUCAAGGAGAAGCUUUGUUGGCAUAUCGAUUGUACCGGUAUGACGCGAAGAUUAUUUCAAAACUACUUCACACAGCUCUACAUAUUAUUGCAAUUGGGCUAGGAAUUACUGCAUUGACUGUGAUUAUAAUGAGUACUAAUAACGCAGGUUGGAAUAAUUUUACAAGUGUUCACAGUUGGAUUGGAAUUUGUCUGCUUUCGGUUUAUCUGGUUCAG